UGCCUGAACAUAGGCGGGCUUAGCGACAGGCCCGCGCAACCCGUUUUCAAUGACGACACGGCCGGCCAGUCGCACGCUGAAUUCCCUCGCUUGCACACUGAACUUAUGUCAUGGCUGUGCUAUUUCGGUCGGAGCUAUAAAAUUAAAAAAGCUAACAGAAAAGAGCGGGGAAAUGUUGUUCCAUUUUCAAAAACUACGAUAACUUGGGUACACAAUAAAUUAGUAACUUUUCAAUAAAAAUGAAGAUUUUUAGCGAAAGUUUUGAGUUUCUUCGGCGUCGCAUCUUUUUGAUAUCAUGGAUCUCAUUAGUCAUAUACCUUUUUUAUAGUACUUUUAUUUAUUAUCUCCACGGUCGUGAGUUUCAUUAUUUGAGACGAAUUUUAGGGGUAGGGCUAUGUAUCUCUAGAGGCACCGCGUCGGUGCUUAACAUUAGUUCAGCGCUGGUGCUUCUUCCACUCUGCAAGAAACUCAACCUGGUGGUCUACCGCCUUCUUUCGGGGUUCUGCCCUGGAGUGUUCUUCUUCUGGCUGGAGAAGGCAAAGAGCUUCCACAUGACUGUUGCUGUUACAUUAGUAUUAUUUGCUGUGAUACAUUCCAUAUCUCACUUUGUGAACUUGUGGAAUUUCUCUAGAGGCUACGACGAGGAAAGGAGCGAGAUAAACUUCGCCAACUAUAAAAAUCAGAAUCCUCUAUCGUUGUUGAUGAGUCAAGCAGGCCUGACAGGUGUGUCGAUGCUGCUGAUAGUAGUCAGCAUGGCGCUGACGUCCAUGAGGGUAGUUCGGCGGAGACUGUAUAAUGGCUUCUGGUACACCCACCAGCUCUACAUGUUGUUCUUGGUGCUGCUCAUCGUUCAUCCCUUGAGCGGAGUAUUAAAGAAAGAGGUCAUCGACGAAGACGCUAGUCUCACUAGUCAAAACAUGCAUUACUCAAACACUUCUUUAGAAAAUGUUCCUCAUAAAUUCGUCUCUAUAAAAUCUCAGACCUGGUUGUGGAUGGCAUUUCCUCUAAGCUGUUUUAUAAUGGAUCUCAUUUGGCGAAUUUUGUCAAGAAACCGGGCAAGAGUAAAUAUAUUACAAGUGACUUACAUGGCCGGGCGAACCAUGAGCCUGACCCUCAGCUGUCCCCACGAAAGCUUCGCCUGCCGCGCGGGACAGUACGUGCUGCUACAGUGUCUCGACGCAUCACUGCUGGAGUGGCACCCCUUUACUGUCGUCAAGAUACCUGAAUCUAGUCAAAAUGAUUUUGUUAUAUGGAUAAGAGUGACGGGUGAUUGGACUGAAGCUUUAGAGAGGCUUUUAUUAGAUAGAGGUCCUGCUAGACUAAGUGUAUUAGUGGAUGGUCCGUUCUCAAGCCCCAUGGAAGGUGUUGCGGGCUGUUCGGUAGCGAUAUGCGUAGCUGCCGGUGUUGGUAUUACUCCUUUUGUCGCAUUACUAAGGAAUAUGUUCUUGUACCCAAGAAGCUAUUUACCAGGGAGGAUCCACCUCCUAUGGAUAGUGAGACACGAAGAAGAAAUAACUUGGUUGGCUGAUCUAGCCACCAAAACUAUGAUGCGGCUACGAGAUUCCAAUCGACCUGACCGCCUGCACAUUGAAUUAUACGUCACAAGUACCAAGAACAACUUGAAUGCUAAUAAAGAAACCAUACACUUGGUUACAUUUAACGGAAAAGGAGUCGUUCAUAAAAGAGAAUUUACAGACGAUGAAAGAGCAACGCUUCUGACUCCGAAUUUGCGAAGGAAUGGGAACUUAGUUAAGGGCGUGGAUAAUGAAGGGAGUAGUGUAGGGGAGUAUAGCAUAGCUAAAGAGUACCCACUGCUGGGAUGUAGGGUGCGGAGGGGACGACCGCACUGGGACCGCGUGUUUGGGUAUUGGGUUCAUUUGUACCCUCAAGCGCAAUUGAAUUUAUAUUGCUGUGGACCAAAGAAGUUAGUAAAAUUGUUAAGAAACAAGUGUAAAUAUAUCUCUAGCACGACAAAAACCAAAUUUACAUUCGUUCACGAAGGUUUUUCAUGAUCAGUAUUACGCUACAAUUACCUUAAUUUAUUU